UCAGCUGAAUAACGGGGGACAAAAAUCAGCUUCACCACCAAUAUGGCUGUCAGUAUAAAUUUGAUGCUUGUAACAUGCCUUUCUCUCCGAAAUAUUGGCAAAAACAUACGUAUUAUUGUGUUAUUUUAUUAUUAAAUUAUGUGAUUAAUUAUUGUUUAAUUAAGUGGGAAACAGCUAUGAGGGUUGGUUAAAUUAGCCAAAAAAAAAUUUAAAAUAAAUCAAACAAUCAACAACAACAAUACUGCACAGAUUUAAAAAAAAAAAAAGAUAAAAGCUUAAAUAUUAAAUUAUUAAAAUGGCUUCGAGAUUGGAUCGUUUAUUUAUUCUUUUGGAAACUGGUACAAAUCCAGUUACAAAACGUGCUGCUGCUCAACAAUUGGGUGAAGCACAACGUUUACAUCCUCAUGAACUUCAUCAUUUACUUGGUCGUGUGUCUGUAUUACUUAAAUCACCACAAUGGGAUACUCGAGUAUCAGCAGCACAUGCUGUUAAAGCAAUAUUAUCACAAGUACCAGUAUGGAAUCCAGAGCCAAUUGAUGAAAAUAUAAAUGACGAUGAUACGUUAAAUGACAAUAAAAAAAAUUAUUUAACAUUAGAAAAUUUUGAUAUGAGUAAAAUAUUAUCAAAAUCAAAUCAUUUAACUGGAUCUGAAGGAACAGAAUAUGAUCUUGUUAUUGCUGAUGGUGAUAUUAAUACAAUGAAUAGUAAUAGUGAAAAAAUAUUGGCAACAAAAUUAGGUAUUGAUCCAAAAUUAAUGGAUACAUCAGAGCUAUUUACUGUUGAUGAUUUAACAUUACCAGUACAACAACAAACAUCAACAACAAAUCGUGUACCAAUUAAUGAAACAUUGGAACAAUCAGAAAGUGGUUUAUCUCGACGUGAAAUGAAUCGUGCAAGACGUAAAGCACGUCAAUCAUUAUCAAAACAAAAAUCACGUGAACCAGAUGAUCAACAACAACAACAACAACAACAACAAGUUGAUCAAACGAUGAACAAUGAUAUGCCAAAUAAAAAAAUUAAACUUGACGACAAUGAUGAUUGUGAUAAAAUUGGUAAUAUUGAAUCAUCAUCCUUACCAGCACCAGUAUCUGAUAGUAAAAAUAUUGAAUUAAAUAUAUCAAAUGGUGCUGUGCCAGAUGGUACUGGUUCUUGGCCCGAGACAACAACAGUAUGGCCACUUGAAACAUUUAGCGAAAGUCUUUGUCAAGAUUUAUUUAGUCAAAAAUGGGAAGUACGUCAUGGUGCAGCAACAGCAUUACGUGAAUUAGUUAAUAUACAUGGUAAAGGUGCUGGUAAAAAAAAAAAUCAAACUAAAAAACAAAUGGAUGAUAAUCAUCGUAAAUGGAUUGUUGAUGCAUCAUUAAGAUUAUUAUGUGUACUUGGUCUUGAUAGAUUUGGUGAUUUUGUAUCUGAUCAAGUUGUUGCACCAGUACGUGAAACAUGUGCACAGGCACUUGGUUCACUUGUAUUAUUAAUGCCAUCAGAUGAGGGUGAAGGUGUAUUGGGUAUUUUAAAAGUUAUGUUAACUUUAUUAGAACAUAAUGAUUGGGAAGCACGUCAUGGUUCAUUAUUAGCAUUAAAAUAUUUACUUGCUGUUAGAGAUGAUUUAUUAAAUAUAUUAUUACCACAAGCAUUUGAAGCAGCAAUGAAAGGUCUUGCUGAUUCAGUUGAUGAUGUUGGUGCUGCUGCAGCAAGUGCAUUAAUACCAGUUGCUUCACAUUUACCAAAAUUAUUAAAACCACAACAAUUACAAUUAAUUGUAACAAGAUUAUGGGAAUUAUUAAAAGAACAAGAUGAUUUAGCUGCUGCAUGUAAUAGUUUUAUGGGUUUAUUAGCAUCAAUAUUAUCAUUAUCAGAAUCAAGAAAAUGUUUACCACCACAACCAUUAUCACAAGUAUUACCACGUUUAUGGCCAUUUUUAGGACAUUCAAGUUCGUCUGUACGUAAAGCAACAUUACAAACACUUGAAACAUUAACUGGUGAAGAUAGUGAUAGUGAAAUAUUAAAUCCAAAAGAACGUUGGGGUGAUGAUGGUAGUAUUGUAUUACAAGAAGCCCUACGUCAUGUAUUUCAACGUGUAUUAAUUGAACAUGUUGAUAAAAUACAAGCUAUUGCUGAAAAAGUAUGGGAAAAUCUUGUAACACGUAGUGAUCUUGAAUUAUUACUUCAUGCAGCAUGUCCACUUGUAAGUACAUGGCUUUGUUUAGCAAUGCAACCAGAUCAUGCACCAUUUAAUCCAGCUCAAUUGUAUAAUAUUAGUAAUACAAGUACAGCAGCAACAACAACAGCAUCAACAACAACAACAACAAAUAGUCCAUUAAAAGCAACAGCUGUUAAAACAACAAAUGGACAAACUGAUGGACAAUCUGAUUCUGGUAGUUCAUCAGUAUCAUUAAGUGGUAAAUCAACAUCUGAACUUAAAGUAUACAUUGGUGGUAUUGAAACAGUACCACAAAAUAUACGUUUAUCAAAUACAAUAAGAGCAAGAAUAAUGGCUGGUAGAAUGUUGGGUUUAUUAUCACGUUAUGUUGUUAAACCAGCACCAGGUGUUAUUUAUACAGCAGAUAUACCAUCACCUGGUUUAUGUUAUGCACGUGUAUUACUAGCACAUCUUGCAUCACGUUCAUCUCUACAAAGAACAGUUGUUGGUAUAACAAUUGCACACUGGGCAUAUCUUGAUCAUCCAAAUCCACCACAAAUACCUGAUAUAUUACGUGAUAAAUUAUUAACAUGUUUAAAUGAAUGUGUUUAUUAUGAUGAAAUUGCAAAUACAUAUACACGUUUAUUACAUGAAAGUAAAGAUUACAUUGCAACAUUAAAACAUUAUAAAUUAGCAUUACCAAUUGAUACUGAUAAAACAAAUGGUAUAUUGACAUUAGAACAAAUAUCAAAUUUAUCAAGUUUAACAAUAACAAAUAUGCAAUCAUAUCAAGUAUCAAUGUCACCAACAACAUCAAAACAAACAAUAGUACUUGGACCAAAUAAAUUAAAACCAAAAUUAUUACAAUCAUUAGAAGAACGUAGAAAAGCACUUGAAAUUGGUGCAAAUACAACAUCACAACAACAACAAACAUUAAAUAUAAUGUCAAUGGCUGCAUUAGCUGGUGCAGCAACAAUGUUACACUGUUUACCAGAACCACCAAGACCACUUAAUCCUCUAGUUAAACCACUUAUGGAAGCAAUUAAACGUGAAGAUGAUGAAAAUUUACAAAAAUUAGCAUCAUUACAUUUAUCACAUUUAAUUAAUUUAUGUACUGAUAGAAUACCAUCACCAAAUAAUAAAAUAAUAACAAAUUUAUGUACAUUUUUAUGUUCUGAUAUUGAAUUUACACCACGUGUUUGUGAUAAUGAUAUUGAUCCAUUUGAUGGUAUAUUAACAUUAACAAGUCGUCAAAGAAAUGCUGAAAGAACAGCAUAUCGUGGUACUGGUAUUAAUGGUAACAGCAGUGGACGUGGUCCUGGUAGACCACCAGCAACUGAAAUACCACUUGAAGAAUUAUUAGCAUAUGAAGAACCAGAAGCUAAAGCAUCAAGAACACGUAGACGUGGUGCAACAUAUGCAUUAAAAUUAAUAACAAAGCUAAUUGGUGCAAAUAUACCAAAUAAAUUACCAUCAUUAUGGAAUAUUAUUAUUAAAAAUAAUUAUGAUGAUGAUAAUGAUAAUGAUAAUAUUGAAAAAAUUAAUAAUUUAAUAUUUGGCUUACAAGUAUUUGAAAUAAUAUCAACAAGUUUAGAUGAAACUUUAUUAUUACCUCUACUUGAUUGUUUACCAAAUUUAUGUAAAUUAUUAUCACAUAAAUAUAAAGCUGUUAGACACAUGGCAUCAAGAUGUAUAUCAACAUUAGCUGUAUUAAAUACAAAUGUCACAAUGGAUUAUGUUGUCAAGCUUAUAUCACCAUAUUUAGAAACAAAUAUUAAUGAUAAAAUUAUCAAUAAUAAUAAUAGUAAUAGUAAUAAUAAUAAUUUAAAUAUUAAUUCACCAAAUUUACAUGAUGUAUGUCGUCAAGGUGCUGCUGAAGCAUUGACAUGUAUUGUUGAAUCACUUGGUGUUAAUGUUGUACCAUAUGCUGUAUUAUUUAUGGUACCAUUGUUAGGUAGAAUGUCUGAUCAAAAUAAAUCAGUUAGACUUGCAUGUAAUGCAACAUUUGCAACAUUGGUACAGUUAUUACCAUUGGAUCCUGGUUCAUUAAAUGAUCCACCAAAUCUUGUUAAAGAAAAAACACAAGAAAGAAAAUUUUUAGAACAAUUAUUAAAUCCAAAAAGUAUACCAGAUACAAAAUUAACAAUAAAUGUUGAUGCUGAGUUACGUUCAUAUCAACAACAAGGUUUAAAUUGGUUAGAUUUUUUAAAUCGUUAUAGAUUACAUGGUAUAUUAUGUGAUGAUAUGGGUCUUGGUAAAACAUUACAAACAUUAUGUAUUAUUGGACUUGAUCAUAAUAGAAAUAUUAAUUCACCACCAAGUAUUGUGCUAUGUCCACCAACAUUAACUGGUCAUUGGGUAUAUGAGGCUGAAAAAUUUAUGAAAAAAAAUGAUUUAUCUGUUAUACAAUAUGUUGGUAUACCACCGGAGCGUGAAAAAUUACGUUUACGUUUAAAAAAUUAUAAAUUAGUUGUUGCUAGUUAUGAUAUUGUUAGAAAAGAUAUUGAAUUUUUUGAAUCAAUACAAUGGAAUUAUUGUGUACUUGAUGAAGGACAUAUUAUUAAAAAUGGUAAAACAAAAUCAGCAAAAGCUGUUAAAAGAUUACGUUCAUAUCAUCGGUUAAUAUUAUCUGGUACACCAGUACAAAAUGAUGUACUAGAAUUAUGGUCAUUAUUUGAUUUUUUAAUGCCUGGAUUUUUAGGUAGUGAAAAACAAUUUGCUGCUAAAUAUUCACGUCCAAUAAUUGCAUGUAGAGAACCAAAAGCUGGUAAAAAAGAACAAGAAGCUGGUGCACUUGCUAUGGAAUCAUUACAUCGUCAAGUAUUACCAUUUUUAUUACGUAGAAAUAAAGAAGAUGUUAUUAAAGAUUUACCACCAAAAAUAACACAAGAUUAUUAUUGUGAUUUAUCACCAUUACAAAAAAUAUUAUAUGAAGAUUUUCGUGUACGUCAUUCAUCAACAUUAAUAACAGCAGAUUCAACAGCAUCCACAUCAUCAAUAGCAACAGAAACAGCAUCAACAUCAACAAAUGAUUCACAAAAAGGACAUGUAUUUGAAGCACUAAGAUAUUUAAGAAAUGUUUGUAAUCAUCCAAAGCUAGUACUGGGAAUAAAACAUCCAUUAUAUAAUAUUAUAAAUGAACAAUUAUCAUCACAACAAACAACACUUGGUGACAUUGAACAUGGUGCUAAGCUACCAGCUUUAAAACAGUUAUUACUUGAUUGUGGUAUUGGUUUAAAAAAUGAUAAAACAUUAAAUGAAGGACAACAAAGUGAACAACAAUUAGUUAGUCAACAUCGUGCAUUAAUAUUUUGUCAAUUAAAAACAAUGCUUGAUAUUGUUGAAAAAGAUUUAUUAGCUGUACAUUUACCAUCUGUAACGUAUUUACGUCUUGAUGGUUCAAUACCAGCACAAUCACGUCAUUCAGUUGUUACUAGAUUUAAUUCUGAUCCAUCAAUUGAUGUGCUAUUAUUAACAACACAAGUUGGUGGUUUAGGAUUAAAUUUAACUGGUGCUGAUACUGUUAUAUUUGUUGAACAUGAUUGGAAUCCAAUGAAAGAUUUACAAGCCAUGGAUAGAGCACAUAGAAUUGGACAAAAAAAAGUUGUUAAUGUUUAUCGGCUUAUAACAAGAUCAACUGUUGAAGAAAAAAUUAUGGGUUUACAAAAAUUCAAAUUACGUACAGCUAAAACAAUUAUUUCAAAUGAUAAUGCAUCAUUGGAAACAAUGGGAACUCAUCAGUUGCUUGAUCUAUUUUCUCUUGACAAUGGAAAAGAUAAAAAAACAGAUGAAUCUACGAGCCAACAAUCAUCAUCAGAUUCAAUGCUUGGUUUAAGCAAAACUGUGAUGGAUAUUCUUCCAGAACUUUGGGAACAACAACAGUAUGAUGAUGAAUUUGACAUAAACUCAUUUUUAACAAAUCUCAAAGGUACUAAUUCAUAAAUUGGUAUCUAAAUCUAGAUAUAUAAAAAUUACCAAGUAAGAAAUUAUUAUUUUUAAUGACAAAUAAUAAUUUUUACAGCUGACUGAAUUAAUUUACAGCUGCCAAUAUUUAAAAAAAAAAAAUAAUAAAUAAUAAAAUUUAUAAAACAAUUAGUAAUAAUAAAUAUAAAAACAAUCUUUUUUCUUUUUUCUAAAAUUUUCUUUUUAUUUAUAAAAUGUCAAUUAAUAUAAAUUGAAAAAAUUAAAACAAAA